CACUCCGCCGUCCCUCAUCCCCUCUUUCCCUUGAGUGCUCGCCAGUGCUCUGCUUCCUUCCAAGUUUCCACCAUCAACUUCGCCUCUCCUCCAAGUUUAUUGCGUUUAUAAGCAUAAUAUUCGUGCUAGCUAAGUCCAAACUUCGAUUCUUCUCUCCCACUUUAAUUGCAAUACAAACAAAAUUUUAUAAGAUCGCAUGCAAUUUUUUUCCUGGUCUCGAUCUUUUCUGGGAAUUAAGAAGAUAUGCGCAUAGAUUUCAGCUUAUUUCGAGACUGUAAAAAUCAAGUUCGAAGAGGAAGAAGAUGUGAAGUUGUUGCACCGAUCGCGGCUUCGAGCUUCGACCUCACCGAGGAGUAUGCGAGCGCCUUCCGCACCGAGUCGUACCACGAGUUCUGGGCGCAGGUGUUGGACCACGAGUUGGAACACGGCGCCGCCCUGAAGAUGCCGAUGUCGGCGAGGAGAGGAAAGAGCGUCGGUGGCUUCCUCGCUGAGAACCUCCUCAGCCCCGACCAGACUACCGUCUCCAAAAUCCUCGGCCACCUCAAGCCGGGCUCCCUCCGGCUGGAUACGCGCGCCCUCCUCACCGAUUACUACGCAGGGACAGCCGACGCCUCUCUCCUCUUCGGCCUCCUCUUGCAGGAAAUCGACCGAACGCGCCGCCGCUUCCGCCCGCUCAAGGCCGCGGUGCACUCCCUCCUCUCCGGGAGCCGCCCUUCUCGCGACGCCCUCCGAGCCGUCGGUGAUUACGUGAGCAAAUCCGGCGACGCCCGCUUCGAUCCUUUCGGCGUGUCUCAGAGCAAGUUCCAGUCGGUUCGGGAGGGGUCCGUCAGCCUGCUCGACCGGCUCGAGUCCGGCCGGAAGAAGGCGCGAGCGAAGCGGCAGCGUCUCCGCCGGAUCAGGCGCGCGGCGGCUUCCGUUUGCGUGGUCGUGUUCGUAGCGUCGGCGUCGAUUGUCGGCGCCUGCGUGCCUAUCCACGCCGUCGUGGCCGCGGCGGCGCUGCCAGGGCUGGUAUCGGCCGGAGUGGGUCGAGGUGGCAGGUCGGCUCGGCGGCUAGACCGUGGGAUCGCGCAGUUGGAUGCGGCGGCUCGGGGGGCGUACAUACUGAACCGGGAUUUGGACACGAUAAGCCGGUUGGUGGCGCGGUUGCGCGACGAAGCAGAGCACGCGAGGAGGCUGCUGCGGCUGUGCGAGUGGGGCGGCGGCGACGAGGAGGAAGGCGGCGGAGGGAGGUGGAUGACGGAGGAGGUGGUGCAGCAGGCGGUGAGAAGCGUGGGGAGCUUUAGCCGACAGCUGGACGAGCUGGAAGAGCACUUGUAUCUCUGUUUCAUGACCAUCAACAAGGCCAGGAAAUUAGUUAUGCAAGAAAUUUUGUUUGCUAAUUAAUUAAUUAUAUUGCAGGGUUCCAAUUUAAGU